AUGCUCCGCGAGCAGCCAAAGGAAGUCGAACUAUUGAUCUUAGGUGCGGGAUGGACAUCCACUUUCCUUAUACCACUUCUGGAGAAAGAGAAUGUUUCGUGGGCGGCUACUACGACUACCGGAAGAGACAACACUAUCCCUUUCAAAUUCAAUCCUGACUCGGGCUCUGCAGAGCCUUACAAAGCUCUCCCAAAAGCCAAAACAGUUUUGAUCACUUUCCCAUUGACCGGCAAGGGACCAUCAAAAUCCAUUACCGGUCUCUACCGCUCUGUCCAUGGACCCAAGAAUCACUGGAUCCAGCUCGGCCAUACCGGAAUCUUCAAUCAGCUGCCCGAUUCCUACUCUGAUGAUGACUCACCUUACGAUAAAAGCAACGAGCGCGCUAUCGCUGAAGACGAGUUGAGGGAACUAGGUGGAACAUCCCUCAACCUCUCCGGUCUAUACGGCGGCACCCGCGUUCCACGCUCCUGGCUUCCCCGCCUUGGCAAGAGCAAAGACGAUGUCCAGAAACGCGGCGCCGUGCACUUCAUCCACGGUGAAGACGUCGCGAGAGCCAUCGUCGCAAGCCACAGACAACCGACGCCAGGGAAAAGAUGGAUUCUGGCUGACCUAAGGGUAUAUGAUUGGUAUGAUCUGAUCAUGAGCUUCAGUGCUAUGGCUGAUGACGGGGAGGAGAGCGUGCAGCAAGAGGAGACGAGACAGCAAUUUGCGAAGUGGGUGGGAGAGUUGAUGCUAGAGGAGGGGGUUUUUGAUGUCCUCAACGUGGCCGCUGUCGCGGUCCAUGGAACUUUCGACCGUUUCCAGGGGCGUUCUCGACGCGUACCGGCGGACCCGCUGUCAACCCCUACCACCGGUACCUCCAUCCUAACCUCAUACAACUGCUUCAAGAACCCAGAUCUUGUGGUCUUCCCAAAAAAUUAA